CUCCUUCUCUCUCUCUCUCUCUCUUUUCUGUCUGUCUGAAUUUCAAAUUGGCUUCUGUCUUACUUUGUCGGAUUCCAAGAAACUUUUACAUUGUUCUGCAGUGUUCACACCAGGGAUUCCGCUGUCAGUUCGAUGAAAUCAAGUACAAUGUGCAAUUCAUCAGUAGUCUUGCUCAAACAAGAAUUCCUCAAGAAAUGGAUAAAGGGUCUCCACACCUACAGCAAUUUCAACAAGAACAUGAGCAUCAUGGACAGAAGAAAACCAGCCAUAAAAUUAUCAGCAGAUGUAGCCAUUGCUUCAACCAGAAAGCCCGCAACUCGGUGGAGUCGGGCCCUAAUGGCCGACAUCCUCGGUACUAACAGAAUCCUCGUCGAACAAGUACUAGGCCGCAAACAAGACAUGAGAGCCGCAUCCGGGUUGAUGAAAUGCAGCAAGAAGAUCUUGAGAAGAUCAAGCCUUAUUGCAAGAAGAAGGGUUGUACCUCGACGGGUCACGGAACCAAGCUCCAUUGCCAGGAAACUGGUGAAGAACAGGACGAGUGUGCUUAAGAGUCUUCUACCCGGAGGAGAAGGAAUGGAUGAAGUGUCUUUGAUUCAAGAAACCCUAGAUUAUAUCGUCUCCCUUCGAGUUCAGGUGGAUGUAAUGCGACGUCUUGCUGCUGGCAGCUUGGAAGAAAGUCUGUGUGAUCAUCAUCAAUUUUAAUUAUAAAUUUCUUCUUCUUCUUCUUUUCUCUUUGUUUGUGUUGAUUUUUCUUUUUUCUCCCUGGAAAAUUAAUUAGUAGGUUAUGGAAGAUCGAGGAGAGGUAAUUAAUGCCAUA